AUGGCUCUGCCCGGCGCCCUCCGGGACCUGACGCUGGCCCUGGGGGCCGCCGUGGCCGCCGUCGGUUCCCUCCUCUUCAUCGCCUGGAAGAUCUACUUCCGCGGCACCGGCACCGGCACCGACUGGGACGGCUGGUGGGAGCAGGAGCUGCGGGAGCUACGGGACCGAGCCCCCCCCGGGGACACGCUGGACUGGCGGCAGGUGCUGGUGCUGGGGCUGGACGGGGCAGGGAAGAGCAGCGUCCUGCACUACAUCUGUAGCCAGACGGCCAGGGAUCACAUCGCACCCACCCACGGCUUCAACUCUGCCCAGCUCUCUGUCGAGGGGCUGGAGAUGGACCUGCUGGAGGUGGGAGGCAGCCAGAACCUGCGAGCGUACUGGCCCCACUACCUGAGCCAGGCCCACGUGCUGGUGUUUGUGGUGGACUCAGUGGACAGGUCACGCUUGCUGACAGCACGCCAGGAGCUGCACACGCUGCUAGCCGCGGAGCCCCAGCUGCCUCUGGUCGUGCUGGCUAACAAGCAGGACAAGAGUGAUGCCCUGAGCACAGCAGAGCUGCGGGAGGAGCUGGCCCUGCACAUGCUCAGCAGGCAACGGGAGCUCUUCCUCCUGCCCACCAGCGCGACCUGGGCCAGCCUGAGCACCGCCACCAGUGUCCUCCAUGUGAAGAACCUGCUGGUCACCCUGCUCUCCCAGCCCUGAGCCCGUGGGGGGAGCGGACAGGCUCCCACCCCCGGCGCAGUUCUUCUUUGAGGUCUGUGGCAUGAAGAUGAAGGCAGCUGGGUGGGUGCUGCUGGAGCUGACUCGCUGGUAGCAGGCUGACAGUCCUGGGGUGUUUGCUGCACCCCACAAUGUUUGGGGUUGAGCUGUGGCACAGCUGCCCUCAGGGAACACAAGCAGCAGGCUCUCCUCCCUGCCGUGUGGAGAGAGCAGCCACCUCCCCCAGUUCAGGGAUGAAAUCUCCCUUGGGAUGGAGGCACAAGCACAGCUCUUACCUCCUGGUGAGCGGAAACAUGCAGCACAGGGCAGGGCCUCACACCUUCAUGGCAGCCCUGCAGGAUAUUAAAUGAAUGCAGCCAAACAAGUGAGGUAGCCCUCUUACCCACCUGCAUGGACAAGUCAUCCCAGGAGAUGGGCUCUCCUUCCUGAAAAACACAAGGAGUUACUGCUGGCGCAGCCCUGCACCACAGCCCUGCCCAUACGACACACACCAGUAGGAAUAACGAGCUCAGGCUGUCCCUCACUGGGGCUGAGCGCAGCUCUCAAGUUCCCCAACUCUGUAUUUAAAGCCCUGUUUAAGAGAGAUAAAAGCAGGUACUGGGCAGCCCUGCACUGCCUCUCCACCCUGAACAGGGAUAAAGAUGGGCUGUUUGGUAGGACCUGUGCUCACCAGGCAUUUGCCCCCCCAUCUGGUCUCCCUCCCUCUCAGCUGUCCCAGGGAGAAGCGGAAGGAGCCAGGCUUGGGGACCACAGAAAGCCCUGCCUACAGGCAGGGGGCUGCUGGGUCAGGCCACGGGGCACUGGGUCCUGGAAAACCGAUCAUGGAAGCUGGGGAG